GUAUUUUUAAUUUUCUUAGUUUCUCCCCCCUUUUUUUUUCUUUUGAGACAGGAUCUCAUGUAGCCUAGGCUGUCCUGGAAUUUUCUAUGAAGCCAAGGAUGGCCUUGAACUCCUGAUCCUCCUACCUCCAUCCUCUUGAGUGCUGGGAUUUGCAGAUGUGCACCACUACGCUUGGCUUUUCUUAGAAAAAUAUUAAUAUGAGCUAUCUGCAAGAGAAACUGAGUCAGCAGAUAUUAGAGUUGUUUGAAACUUGUCAGCAGCAAACAAGUGACUUGAAGAAGAAAGAACUCUGUAGAGCACAGCUGCAGAGAGAGAUCCAGCUGCUCUUCCCACAAAGCAGACUUUUUUUGGUUGGAUCGUCUUUAAAUGGAUUCGGUGCCCGGAGCAGUGACGGUGAUUUAUGCUUAGUUGUUAAAGAAGAACCACUCCAGAAGGACUUCUUCUCCUGCCCCAUACACGUAAGGCACCAGCAUGGUGUGCAUAAGAGCUGCUGUAGUAGUUCUGAGCUGUUGAAGUCAGCUAGCUCUGAAGUGUGUGGUUUUUAAAGUGUAGCCUCUUAUUGUGAAAUGUCACUGGGCGGGUCAGGUGUUUACAGGAUGCGAUAAAGCAAAACAUAUGGCAGUAUUCUUGAUGUUUUUCUCCCCAUUUGAGUUCUCAGUCCCUUUUUUAUAUA